CAUCCACCAAGUCAUUAGUUCCAUGCCUGUCCAACCUGCUGACCCAUGAAAACGUUUUUCAUUGAACCAGCGACAGUGAGCAUGACUCAGAGUGCGGCUCGAUUGAGUCAAGGACCAAGCAAGUGAAGUCCGUCAAUGCGUUCCUCGGCCAUGAUAGAGCCGAUUCGAACCUGUGAACUUUGAAUGUACCACAUUGUUUGUCCAUUGAUGGAUGAGGAUGAUUCCCAAGCCUUCUUACGACCGUGCUUGGCAUCUCCGGUCGAGAACGGCCAGACAGGUCAGGGCAGCCUGCUAUGAAUCGCGGACACGCGACUGCUUACCACGGACGGGUGCAUACCUGGAGCAUGACGCUGAUGGAUUUGGAGAAAUCGAUGCCGAGCGUCUUGCGAGGACGCUGCGCGCAUUAGCGAAUCAUGUCCAACACGACUCUGAUCAGAAAUUGGAUCAUUCCAAACCACAAGCGCCUCAAACUGUUUUUCCUGCGUCCACAUACUCAAAAAGGUUGCGGAGCAGAAGUUGUAAUAUCAUGAGCUGUAUCCAAAGCUUCAAAGACGAUGCGUCGCAUGUUCGAGCAUCCGAGUCACGACUUGCCCUCAAUCCGGGCACAGCUGUUCGUUUCAGCAAGCGGACACGGCAACGUGGUGCUGUCGUUGAGCGACUUGCGUAUUGGCGGCGGAAAGCGGAACUACCUCAUGAGGAGCAAAACGCGCUGGCCACACUCUGCAAGGCCCCAAUGCCGAUUGGCCAUGCUGAUAAGCCGAAAAUUGUUGUCCUUGGCAGUAACGCUCAGGGCUACGCUGGCGACUUUGACUUCCGGCUAAAAGAUGAACACACAAACUUCGAAUCACUUUUUUACGUGCGAUCUCUACGUACUCAUGCAUUACCUUGA